AUGAGGAGUGAUAAGAUAAAAAGUUAUAGUACUAAAGUGAUAAGAAAACAUUCAAAAUCAAGGCUUGGAAAUGAGGAUCAAAUGAAGAAGAAUCGCAAGCAUCCUCAUGAGAUUUCUGGAACUCAUUCGGCAAACUCUUGGGAAGAAGCGGAUCUAGGCUCCAAUGAAAGAAAAGAAAAGUUUUUACGAUUAAUGGGUGCCUCAUCCAAGAGAGAGCAUAAAGGUAAAAUAGUUAUCGGCGAAUACGAGAGAAACGCCAGAGCCACCGCUAAUACUGAGAUUAUUAUACAAAACCUAGAAGAGCAAUUUAAAGGCGGACUCAAGCAUGCUGCUUAUGAGAGGAAACAUUGUGGUCUAGUACCCUAUAUUGAAUUCAUACUUUAA